UGCAUAGAACCAAAUCAGCCUUUCAAAGCUUAUAUGAAACAGCUGCUACCCAAGCGUUUCCAUUAUUCUUAUAACGACCGGAUUGAACCAUUGCACUUUUAUUUAGACUCCCAAUGGCAGCUUGCUCGGAAACCGCUUGAGAUUAAAAGCUGCAUAGGUGGAUUUCAUGGCUCAGACAAUCGCUUCCCCAGUAUGCAGGCUAUCUUUAUUGGGUUUGGACCAGGAUUCAAGUUUCGUACUCAAGUUGAUCCAUUUGAAAACAUUGAAGUAUAUAAUUUAAUGUGUGAUUUGCUUGAUUUGAAACCAGCCCCAAACAACGGAACUCAUGGACGCCUAAAUCAUCUUUUAAGGAACCCUGUUUACACUCCCCACCAUCCCAAAGAAACAAGCCAUCCUUCUGAAUGCUCUGUGGUGGGACAAAGAGCCUUUUCAGUGAGCCUUGGCUGCUCCUGCAGGACAGGGGGCUUGCCAAUAAGGGAUUUUCAUCAGCGUUUAAAUCUCACUGAAACAGAAGUUAAGAAGAUAGAGAAACUUACUUUACCCUACGGACGGCCCAGGGUUCUGCAGAAGAGACAUAAUUACUGCCUCCUUUACCAUUGCCGCUAUGUUAGUGGGUACAGCAAGGACUACAGGAUGUCUCUGUGGAGCGCGUACACUGUUAACAAAGAUGACAAAUGGGUUUCUGCUACAGAAGAUAUCUCCAGCUGUUUACACAAGGAUGUUCGUAUUUCUUUUAAUCAUAACCAGACAUGUUUGUUUUACAACAAUCAUCCUCACCUAACUUACGGAUUCCUUUCUCCUCCAGAUUUUAUGACAGAUGCAAAGAAACCUCACUAUGAUGCCUUGCUUACCAGCAACAUUGUGCCAAUGUAUCCUGCAUUUAAAGUGUUAUGGAACUACUUCCAUCAGUACCUGCUACCUGAAUACGCUGCAGCCAGGAGCGGUGUCAAUGUAGUCAGUGGUCCUGUGUUUGAUUAUGACUCUGAUGGGCUCUAUGAUACCCCAGAAAAGGUGAAAAGACACCCCAGUAAUUCAGAAGUUCCAGUUCCAACUCACUUCUUCAUUGUGCUGACUAGUUGUAAAAAUACUUCUGAAACUCCUCUGGAGUGUGAAGGGGCUCUAGAUGCCUUGUCUUUCAUUGUACCUCACAGAGAAGACAACAGUGAAAGCUGUGCAGAUGGCAAGUCUGAGUCCACGUGGGUUGAAGAGAGAAUGAAGUUUCAUACAGCUCGGAUCAGAGAUAUAGAAUUACUUACUGGACUCAGCUUCUAUCAAGACAGAAAACAGCCGAUAUCUGAGAUUUUACAGUUAAAAACAUAUUUACCAACUUUUGAAACGGUCUGAUUUUUCCUAUGGAAUGUUGUUAUCCAUUUCACAACUGAUUUGUAAAUAGACUGUUUUUAAUGAAAACAUUUUUUUAAAAUAAGCUGGAACAUUUAUUGAGAACUCUUGACCAAAAUGCCAGUAGGGAGGAGAGUGGGUGCCAUAUUUGUAUCUCAGGGACUCCUGAUGGACUGUGUAUGUAACACAGGAUGGCAGCUCCUGUCAUUCCCACUUGAAUGUGGUAGAACCAUGUCCAUUAUUAAAUGCUAACAACAUUUGAUCUUCAUAGUCUGAGACACGAACAAAAAUGUUAUCUUUUAUAUGCACUGGAGAAGGAGAAGUUUAUAAAGCAUGGGUUGUGAUCAAU